AUUUUAUCGGACGUGCGAAUCGCAUGCCGUGUCAACGCUCUUCCGAUUCGCAUUGCGAUUUUUUGAGUGUGUUUGACAUUUGAAGAUAAACAAAACGACAACAACACAAAGCAGCCUCUGAAUAAAGGCUAACACGCUAAAGUUAACUUUAAAUAAAUCUACUCUUAGUUAUUGUUACUGCUAGUGGAAAAAGGCUCUUGUUGAGUUCUACUUGUCGAUCAUUUCGUCAGAUGCCAUGCCAACAACACUGCCAGUAUCUCCAACGUUUGCUUCUCCAAUAGUUGCAGCUCCUACACAACCAUCAUCCGGUUUAUCCGAAUCAUCAUCUGGACCACAUAAUGGAUUCAGAUUCUGAAACGGAACUAUACAGUUCGAGCAUAGCUUUGCGCUACUUACUAUUAAAAAGAAGGCGCGAUAAAACCAACGAUCUGUGGGAAAAACGUGAAAAAAUCGGGCAAUACCACACAUUGUUUCAUGAACUUUUGAAACAAGAAGAUAAAUUCUUCGAGUUUAUGAGAGUUUCAAUUAAAACUUUUUACUUCAUACUGAGAAGGAUAGAGCAUCUUAUAACAAAGCAACCUACAAACAAACCAUACAUUUGUCCAGAGGAACGAUUGAUGAUCACUCUCAGGUAUCUAUCGACUGGAAUACCUUUUAAGUCUCUAUCAUUCACAUAUUGUAUUGCUCACAAUACAAUCGGCCUCAUUGUCUACGAAACAUGUGAGGCAAUUUGGAACACGUUUAAUGAAGAGUUUAUCCCGUUCCCUACAACGUCUGCAUUUAGGAAUGUGGAAAAAGAGUUUCGCCAUAAAUGGAAUUUUCCUAAUUGUAUCGGCGCCAUAGAUGGCAAGCAUAUCCGAAUGAAAGCCCCGGCAUUUUCAGGUACACAAUAUUAUAAUUAUAAAAAAUAUUUUUCUCUGCAUUUGCAAGCAGUAGCAGAUGUGAAUUGGAAAUUUAUCGCCAUUGACGUUGGUGAAUAUGGGAGUCGUAGCGAUAGCGGCGUCUUUAAUUCGUCAUCAUUGUUUGAGCUCAUUCGUUCAAAUCGGCUCAACAUCCCUCCUCCUAAACCACUGCCUGGUACUACCCAAAGAAUGCCUCACGUGUUUAUAGGCGAUCAGGGUUAUCCACUAAAACCUUUCUUACUGCGGCCUUUUCCGGAUAGUGAAGAUCCGGCAAAAAAUUACUUCAACCAUCUGCUGAGUAUGGCAAGACGCUGCGUUGAAUGCGCCUUUGGUUUGUUGGUGGUAAAAUGGCGUUUCCUCAAGCAAGAACUCCAGAUAACUCCGGAACACGUCUCAAUAAUCGUCAAAACAGCAUGCCUGUUGCAUAACAUGUGCAUAGAUUUUAGAGAAAGCACGGAAUUAAUGAAUAACAUUAACCCACAAUCCAACGCCAACAGGAACAGAGCAAACAAUCAUCCAUCUCAAGAGGCUACAGAUAUUCGAAAUGUCUUCAAAAAUUAUUUUUAUGAUCGAAAUUAUCAAUAAUGUUCGAUGAAGUACAUAUUCGAUGAAGUAAAAAUACAUUGCCAAGGAUUAUCGUUAUAAAAAAGACAAUGGCUGGUAUUAUUGAAUCCGUUCGUAGCGGCGGUGUACGUCCUGCCAUUCAUUUUCCUAACGUACUAGAUGGUUGCUACAGUUAUUUACCGAGGCGUUGUAGGACCGGGCUAAAGAAAUGUGUUUCAAGAAUUUCAUGAGAAUGCCGUACGUUCCCGCUACGAACGGAUUCAAUGAUACCAGCCAAUACCAUUAAUCCGUUUUUAGUCAGGGUGCUCAUUGCCAAUUUAUUAUUCGAAAAAUAUUAAGGAAAUAAAAUGAUAAAGGAUAUAUUUUGAAAA